UCAUAAGAAUGUACAGUAUAAUAGUAACACUACAUUGAUUUGCUCCUGAUACUGCUGUACUGUGAUAUAAUACCUGAAUACCAGAAUACAGUGACCAGUUGUCAGCUACGAGGUCGUAUUAAAACUGUGAAAUGGAAAUUCCAACCUUAACUGAAUAUGAUGGAAAAAGUGCAAAGGUACGCUGCUCAGUACAUUGGGUAAUAACACAUGCAUAUCAAAAUGAAGAUAUACCAAAAUAUAUUCCAAGAUGUGAUAUUGAACAUAUAUUUGAAUGUGAUGGAGGUGUCAAGAAGACAAUUGCUUCUUUAUUAUGUAGUGGGGAACCAUAUUGCAGGAUUACAGAACAACUAUUUGAUGUAAAGGAAUUACUUCGAUCUCAUGAAGAUGUGAUUCAGAUAUUAUGCAGUCGAGGAAUAUAUGUAUUGGAUGAUUCUGAUUCACUUAUAAGAGCAGAUCAUUUACGAAGAAUGCCACUUGCAUUGUUUUCUCAUAUAAAGAUUAUUGACAUUCUAAUGAAGGCGCAUACGUUAACUAAACUGGCUUCAGUCAAUUCAUUGGUGACGACUGUUCGAAAGUUUUCUGAAUUCAGUGCAUCAAAGGAAUCACCUGAUAAUUUGGAAGAAGCUUUUAUGUUAUGGCUCAACAAGGUAUCCCAGAAGGUCCACAUCAUCCAAAGAAAUGCAUUGGAAUCAGACAAGUGGUUUCAUAGACUACUACGUCACACAUUCGGACAGCCACGAGAAGAUGAUAGCCAAUUUCCUUUGGUCUCUAAACUUACUGAUGAUCUGUAUGAUGGUCGAGCAAUCGCUCUCCUAUUACACUAUUAUUGUUCCAGUUUUAUAUCUUUUCAAGAUAUAUCAAUGAAAGAUCCGAUUUCAAUGGCAGAUGCAUGGCACAAUCUUCAACUCAGUAUUAAUUUUUGUAACGAUAUAUUACUUCCACACACUAAAUCUAACCUGAAUGCCAUAAGUCCUACAAUAUUGCAUGCUGUAGAUUUUCUUUAUUGUUCACCACAUAUGAACAUGAAUGUCAAUAUCAUGGCUUUUCUUGGGAAUCUUUAUCACUACCUUGAAACGAAUGCUCUUCAGGACAUCGUAUCUCCUUUGGGUCAUUCUGUCAUCUGUAGGAGACAAAGAGAAACUGGUUCCGAAGACAACACAUCCAGUGUUUCAGAAACCACAGAGCCUCAAACAUUGUCUUAUACAUCGAUGGAUGAACGACAUCAAGAAACGCUUGCCCAAGCUAGUUAUCUAAUACCAGGGGUACAACCACUUAUCAGCAAUGCAACAAAGAGAAGUUUUUCAAAACCUAGUACUGCUGAUACUGAUUCGGUGAGCACUCUAACGCUAAAUGAAUCAGAUGAAUCCUCUCUGCCGUUUUCAUCUAAACCUCUUCUCGUGAGAAGAAAUCGUGACAUACAUCACCAUGGCCUACCAUCAUCUACCUCCAAAUUAUACACCAGAGCAUUAACAGAUCAUCUUCCCGCUGUUAAAUCAAGAGAACACAAUGAUGAUUAUAUGUCGGAUGAAAACACGUCUGCAAGUUCUGUAUUACAUCCUCUAAGAAAGUCAAGUUCUCAUCAAGGAUUAUCAAAUGGAGUUAUAGAUCAUCCUCGGGAUGUUGUAGUAAACAAAUGGCAUUCCAGAACUCCUGUGCAAGAUUUGAGGAACACCAAUACAUCAAAUAACACAUAUGUCACAAAUCAGCAAGGAUUAAACAUCUUACACAAUGAUGCUUCAAGCAGAACAAUGACCACAGAUUCUCUAGCAUCAGUAAAUUCUGAUUUGUUAGCAAAUGUUGCGAUGGAUAUUGAUGAUGAAAACUUGAAAUUUAAAAGACGAGAUCGAAAACUAGCACAAGUUCAUACUUUUUCUGCAAGAUCAAGAUUACCAACUGGAUCGUUGUCAACUACGGUAUUCGAUUCUCCUCAUAUUAGACACAAGAAUGAGAAUGAUAUGAUAUUAGAAACAGCACGUACUCCAGAUUCUCAGAGCACAAGAUCAACUCUACUUAGAAAUGUUACUGACAGUAGUAGCAGUUCAAAUUCGGAUUUCACAUCCGUGUCAUCGAGGACAACUUCUAAUGUUACAAGUCAAGACUGUAACUCUAGCGUGAAUACCUUUACUAAUUCUGAUGAGAGAGAUUAUCCUGUCAUAGUCAAUACUGAUGAAUCACCAGAAUUACCAAGAAAUGUGACUCGCGUUAAACCAUAUCGAAACCCCAGCACUGGUACAAGCUCAAAUUUUACUCCAUCUUCCCAGAAGAGCUACACUAUACAAAAUGGAGAUUUUGAAUCUGUUGAUUCUGCCAGGGCAGCCGGAUAUCCUGUGAUAGAAACAUCACCAGAAAGAACUAAGCUUGAGUUCGAGGAUCGUUCAUCACAACUUAGAAGUUCUGGUUCAACGUCUAAACCAAGUUAUGCAACAAAUGGUUCUGGUGAUCAUGUUGUUAUUGGUGAUUCUGUUGUCAGAUUGCGAAAUCCACAACGUAGAUCAAAUAAUCGAUCAUUAAGAAACAUGAAAGCAACAAGUUGGGUAGAUAAUGGCAAAGCAUUGAAAGUUCACAAUUCUGAUGACAGUCGUCGCCAUAGCAACAUUCCCAAUUCUGGUAAAUUGUCCGUCGUUUUCAAGAAAAUAGAGGAACGUAGAAAAUACAUAGAAACUGAGAGAAGGAGAAUAGAAGAGAGAAAGAAAGUGGUCGAGGAGGAAAAGAAAAUGAGACAAAAGGAGUGGUCGAAAGAACUUUCAAAACUUCACAAAGAAAUGGAAAAACUUGAUUUUCAUGAUGAACAAAAUGAACAACAACAAAAACAAGUUCAACAACAAAAACCAGCAACUGUUCCACAUCAUGUGAUCAGAUCGCCAACUAAAAAUGAAGAGACAAGUUCAGAUUAUUCAUCAAAAAGUCCAAGUCCAUCAAGUAUUAACAACAACAAUAUUUCCGAACAAAUUGAAUGUGAAAAUAAAAUCCUACGACAAUUUGUCGAACAAAAUCCGCCUGAAAGUCCUCAUUCUGAAACAUACAAUAAUUUUUUUGCUUCACCUCUGUCCACAACAACUUGCUUAGCUCAAAGAAAUGAACAAAGCAAGAGCAAUAUUGCAAUGGACCAAACUUAUCAGAAUAUUGCACCAUCACAUUCCGCUGUGAAUUCUCGUCUAUCAGACCAAAAACAGACAUUUGAUGUAAGCCCGGAUAGAAGUAGAAUCCAACAUUCAACAUUGCCCCCACAUUCUAACAAAACAUAUAAUGUCUCGCAACCAGGAAUGCCAAUUUCAGAACAACCCAAUCAUCGAAAUAUUCUUCAACCAGGGCCAAAGCCUGUUUUCGAUUCAUUUGAAAAAACGAUGAUGACUUCACUAAAUCAUGACAAGCAAAGAAUUAGAUCUAAUCAAAUGAUACAUGACCAUUCAGCAUCACAGCAAGGGCUAGGAAUGUACCAAAGCACUAACAACGGUACCCUUUACCAUCCAAAUCAGAUCCAUUUGCAGGAAUCCAACAAUCCAUUCGUACAAAAGAUAGGCAAUUUACAUUUCCAGCCAGUAAAUCCAAAUGUUCACCACGGUACAAGUCACAUCUCUUCUCAUAAUCAAGAUAACAGGCAGAUGACUUACGAGGUUUUUGACGACAGUUCAACUGCUCAGUUUUCAAGCCAGGAUAUCCGACAAAGAACAUACAAAGUCAGCGACGGUCAAGUAGAUAAAAUCCUACCAGAAAAUAUUCUCAAUGAAAAUCAUCAAUUCCGAAAUGAAUUUGUUCCCACCCGGCAAGAUAUGAGACACAAUACAUACAAUGUUUCUAAUAGUAAUUAUGCUCAGCCAUUACAGAAUUCUCAUCAAACUUCUGCACAAAAUUUAGACCAGCGUCAUAUGACAUAUGAUGUAUCAGAUACAUUGAAUAAUGCUCAGCCAACAAAAGCCACUCAAAGGGUACCAAUGCAACCAAGGGAAGCAGUUCAUCCAGGUGUUUUAAAAAUCCAAGCUCCUGAAAUAAACAUUCAUCAGUCUUCUCCUGAACAUACUACAAGAAGAAGCUUAUUCCCAGGAGGAAAUCAGGAUCCAGAUACUUUCGCUGAGCAGGAAAAUAUUGAUCCAAAUUAUUUAGCGACAGGUCCUGCUGAUGAAACUACUUAUGAUACUUUCUCAUGCAAAAUUGCCUCUGGAUCCAAUCAUUCAACUCCACAGAAAAUGAGUCCGCUACAGGGAUCACCUUCAGGACAAGAAACAUGCGCAGAAGAUGAAACUGAUAUGUCGAGUGUAUUAAUGAAAACAACAGAUGUGGAUAAGAAAGGUGGCAAAGGAUUUGAAAUUGUUGAUGAUGCAACUCCUAAUACCGAUGUUGCUAAGAAAAAGGAACAAUUUUUAUUAAAACAAUUAAAGAAAGAAGAAGAGUUGAAGCGGAAGAAAGCGGAUCGUGAAAACCAGGCUGAAAAGAGAAAGGAAGAAGCAAGAAAAAAGCAAGAAGAACUAUUAGCUAAGAAAGAAGAAGAAAAACUCAAACGUCAACAUCGACUCGAUGAAUAUAAGAAGAGAAAGUUACAAGACGAAGAAGCUCAAUUUGUUCAACAAUCUAGCGCUAUCAAAGCAGGAGGCAGUGGAAAAAAACAUCCGCCGUCUUCUGCCAAAUCCGAAUCUGCUUCGCACACGGCGAGAUCACACAGAGUAACGAAAAGUGGUCGAACAUCUCCUGAAUCUACUGUUUUAACAAAUAAUUACGAACAUUAUCCAGUUCAUAAUGCAGUUAUUGAAAAUCAUGAAACAUAUCUCGCUAACAUGGAUGCCGAGGAUGGAAGCGCAUGUUCGUUUCCAAUGCAGAAAAUGCAUCUUGGUAGUGGACAUAAAAAAGAAUGGGAUAACCAGUCAGCUUCCUCUUCUGCAGUAUCAUCAGAAUACACAGGUCCAAAGUUAUAUAAACAACCCAGUUCAAAGUCAAAUAAACACAUCGUCAAUAAUGCUAUAAGUCAUUGUUGCUUGCCAGGAAAAGUCAAUGAAACAAGUCGAAAUAACACUAUUCAGGUUUUAGAAAUGUCGGAUGCAAGACAUUUUAUGAUAUUAUUCAGAGAUGCCAAAUGUCAAUUCCGAGCUUUAUAUUCAUAUGAUCCUGAUGGAGAACAUCUCAAAAGAUUAGCUGGAAACGGUCCUGUUAACAUUGUUCCAAGCAUGAUUGAACGUUUAUUCAAGUAUAAUUCUGGAAGAAAAGCCUUCACAUCUUUGCCAUCCAAAACUUUGUCUGUUAGUAUUGAUGCCAUCACAAUCAAAAACUCGCUUUGGCAAUCAAAUAAAAAAGUGAGUUCAAAAAAAUGAUGACAGAAAAAGGGCAUUUGGAAUCAGUGGUGCCUUCUUGUUGAAUGUUGAUUAUCCCUAUAUGUGUACCGGUUGAAAAUGGAGAUACUCAGACUGUUCGAAAAUGUGUGAUCAGUAGGAUAUAAGUUCAGAAUUUCGAAUUACAGCAAUUCAAAUAAAAAUUAAUUUUCGUGAAUUCAAAGUCAUUACAGAAAAUACUACUCGAUUUUAUUUUAUAAAAAUUGCCGUAAUCUACCGUAGGUAAAUAAAAUAAUUGUCAACAAGAUUAAAAGGCUUCGUUCAUCAGAGCCACGAAAGUUGCAUCCCAACUUUUGAGAUAUUUGUAAACUUAUGUAAUUCACUCAUCCACCAAUUAUUUUGAAGUCAACAUCUACAAUAACGUUAACAAAUAUCCUUAAUAUUUCAUUCUUAUUAUCUUUGUCAUAUUACACCACAUGCACAAAUCAUAAGGUGCUAUUAUUACUAGCUUCAUCUUAGUUUUUUUUGUUGAUUCGAAACAUAUAUUUUUUGUAUUUACUGUGUUGAAAUGGUACAUAAACUGGUUGCUGUUAUAUACUGUAAUUUUUUUUUCUCCUUUUAAUGUUAUAUUUUUAUAAUUGCUCAGAAUGUAUAUGCGGAUAUUGCAUGGUCAAGUGUGAUUUUUUCAUAAAACACGGACCUGGUAUUGCCGCAAAACAUUUUGGCAAAUCUCAUUUCCUGGUGAUUUUCAUAUACAAAAGUUGGAAUACAAUACAAGAUUUGAUUGAAUGGAAAUAUUGAUAGUUUGUUAUUCAAGUAUUCUAGAAAUAUAUUAGCAGUUAUUUGGGAAUGAAAAACCUGGGCCAGCUACAAAAAUCAAUUUUUGUUAAAAACUUUUGGCAUAUGCAGCCUUUUUACAAACUAAAGGCUUAGUAAAUGGCACUCCUGAAGUAUGUGUACUAAUAUGGAGGCAACUAAUUUUGUUCGCCUACUUUACAUAAAGUUGUAUGAAGAGGCUGAAACUUACUGGCAGGGGGUAUAUUCACUUGGCUAAAACUGACAUUCCACGAACUCGUAAUAGAACUAAAAAAAGGAAAUCUGAAUAAAAUUAUGGCCUAAUCCUAACCUGGUACAUACUUAUUUUAUCGCCAUUAGAAGUCUGAUAUCCAUACUCUGGGGAAAUCAAGAAGGAGUUCUGACUCCAGCGAAAACAUGACAAUCCAAGACCUUUCAGCUCUGUUGUCAACUGCUUUUAAUUGACAGUUUUUUAAUUGGCUGUUUGCACCACUCAAAAAUAUUGGAACUUGUGUAUUACUUUUUCUCGGGUGUCACAGAAGAUAAAAAUGGACAGUAGUUUUCUUUGUCUACUAGUAUUUGGUCUAUGCUUUCUGAAUACAUUCAUUAUAUUAUUAGUA